CCUGACAACCGUUGCCGCGUCCUCAACUAGGCGCACUUGGAUACCGAGAUUUCAGCAAAGAGUGAAGGAAGUUGAAGACACCUACAGAUGUGUGUCUGAAGAUGGAAGCAAAGCAUGUUCCCCAAAACCAUCCCCAUGGGGUUGGUGUAUUUGUGCCACACACCCCUAGCAAACCUGCAGAACACAAGUUACCCCCACUGCAAAGUCACAGGAGCAAACUCCUCCCUGUCAGAAAGUACCCUGUGAUUGAACAGAAAGGGUACUACUCCGAGCUCAUCACUACAGCAGCAAAACCCCACCUACAGUCCUGUACAGAUGGGCCAGAAACCCAACAGAGCUUACUGUGUCAAGCGGGCUAUGAGUCCAAUACUCCUAAAGUAACCACAUUCCGGACUCCGUCUGACCUGCACAGUCUGGUUGAGAGGGACAAGCAUGGACCCACCACCCAGCACCAGCAGCACACGGACUUCUCCACUGGAGGUUACACAGCCAAAGUCCAGCUGCCCUACCACAGCCUGCCUGGACAGCACCCCCGCAAGAUUGAGAUAGAGAGGCGCAGACGGGAGUACCUGAAGCUGGAUAUUGCACAGCUCCUGACAGAGCAAGGCAUAGACUCCAACCUCCUGAUGCCUCGACACCAUAGCAUUGAAGAACAUGUGACCACACCAGAGAAUCCACCCCCACCUGUCUCAAACUACCUACCUCUGGAGGUGUUUGACAAUGAGGAGUUUGACUGUCGCACUCCUCAAGACUGGCUUGCCCUUGGCUAUGAAAACGGAUCAACUGAUCACAAACCCAUACCUGCCAAAGCUCUGCUGCCCACCACUGACAAGAUACCACCAGAGGACCCCAAAAGCCCCAACCUGGAGUACAGCUGGCAGUUUGUUGGGGUUCUUGACUACAACCAGGAGAAAGGGCUUUAUCUGGUCCAGAAGGCCGACAAGAAUGGCAGAGUGAGGGAUGCCAAUGGAAAACCAGUCCUAACCGAAGGACAGAGAACAAUAGGUGUGUUUCUGCUGUCAGCCACUCAGUACUGGAUUUCCAGGAUCAGGCUGCUGUUCAGUGCAGAGGACCCUCGUCUGUUUUCCCAGCGGGUGCAGUUUGCCCAGCGCUGCAGAGAGAACACAGAGGCCCUGCUGCUCUACCACCUGUCUGUAGACUGUAUGCCAGUGUGGAGUGGCACCUCGUCUCUCAAUGCACAAAGUCUUGCCCGUGUCAAAGAGCAUGCCCUCUCUACACCUGGCCUUCGACUCAAACUGCUGCAGGAGUGUAUUGUACGUCUGGAGAAGGAGAUCAAUCUGGAGUAUGACCGCACCAUGAACCGGAUCAGCUUUGAUAGGGUAGUGCUCACCAACCCUGAGAAUUUCUCCCACAUCACCCUGCCCCAGAGAGAGCCAGAACGUGUGCCCCAGAAUGGCUUUGUGUCUGUCCCUACAUACCCCUUUGAGAAGAACCGUGCUGCGUUUGCCUUCAACUCCCUGCUCACCAAGCCGGAGGUGAUCUCUGCCUUGUCCAAAGUGCGGGGCGAGUGCAACAGGGUGGCUGCUAUGAGUCUGUUCCAUGUCACCUUCACCAAGUCGUUGCGUCUAGAGGAGUUUGAGCUCACCCAGUCUCAGACACAUGCACAGGUGCAGCUGUUCCUGCGGGACUCAUGGGUGACCACCCUGUGUAAGGGCAUCCACACCAGCCUGAGAGACGUGGGCCCUGGCUGGUUUAGUCUGACGGAGUCCCGGUGGGAGGUGUACAGGAUGUCCAAGCUGUGCAGCCUCAUGGCCCUGGUGCGCUACAGCCUGCAGGACUCACUGCGCUUCCUGGUGCAGGACUCCCUGGUCAGCCUGGCUCAGCUGCUGCUGGAUGCCUGCCACAGUGUUCUCCACUGCCCACAGGACCUGACCUGGGGCUCCAACCUCAUCAACAGCCCCUACAAGCCGAAGAAGAACCCGCUGUUCUUGGUAGAUCUGGUUCUGGAUGUGACUGGGGUCCACUACAGCACUCCUCUGGAGAAUUUUGAGACUUCCAUCAUUACCCUGUUUGAUAAGGGGAUCCUUUCCACCCACAAUGUACCUCAGCUGGAUAAGUUUGUGAUGCAGAAGAUGUUCAUCAGUGGCACUCCUCUGUUGGAGUCAGUGGGUCUGUGGGAGCCUGCGGUGGCAGAGCUGAGGGAGAGGGUCCGUGCCGCUCUGCGACAGGCUGCCAUCCCACUCCGGGCCUACGCCCGCGAGUAUGAGAGAUACCUAGAGCUGCACAACUCAGACAUAGAGACCUUCCUUAAGGCCCACAGCCAGGAGGAGCAGACUCCCCAGGAGGUGAAGAGGGAGGUGGUACAGCACCUAAAGGAGAAGGAGCGUCUAGACCACUCCUUCCCAUCCUCCAUCGUCAUCGGCCCCUUCACCGUCAGCGUGGAGAGUGUCCGCCAGAGCCUGUCCAAGAAACGCAGAGCCCUGGCUAACGCCGUGCUCGACCGGCUUGCCCUCAAACUCCGCAAGCAAGUGGAGGAUGCAUGUGAAGAGUGUAAGGCUGUCAGCAGGAAGCUGCAUGAGAAGCCGAACAGCAUUGAGGAGCUGACCGACCAACGUGAAUGGAUGAAGCAGAUCUCAGAUCAGCUCAAGGCCCAUGAGGAGCUCCUAUUCAAAGCCAUGUCAGACUACGAGUUGAUCGAUGAGUUCUUCUACACCCUGUCAAAUGAGGACUUCAAUGGAAAGUGGACAGCCAUUGGGUGGCCACAUAAGAUUGUGACCCAGAUGGAGACGGUGUCGUCCCAGCAUGUUGAGGAUGAAGAACGCUUCAACAAGAUCCAGCAGGCUGACCAGAACAACUUCCAGGAGCGCCUGGACUCUCUACAGAUGGUGGUGGCUGGCUUUUCUGGGUACACGGACAUCAGCCGAGCCCACGAGGUGGCCAACGAGGUACGACGCGUGGGCAAGCAGCUAAAGGAGUCCCAGACCAUGGCCCAGACAUACAACAACCGGGACCGCCUGUUUGGCAUCCCUGUCACCAACUACGACCGUCUGCAGAAGCUGAUCAGGGACUUCCAGCCAUUCAGAGACCUGUGGACCACCACGUCAGACUGGCUGCGGUGGCACGAGAGCUGGCACAAUGACCCCCUUUCCAUUAUUGACCCCGAGCAGCUGGAGCGCAACGUCACAGACGCCUUCAAGACCAUGCACAAGUGUGUCAAAAUGUUCAAGGACAUCCCCGCGUGUCAGGAGGUGGCUUCUGACAUCCGGGGGAAGAUAGAUGACUUCCGUCCCUACAUCCCUCUGAUCCAGGGCCUGAGGAAUCCUGGGAUGAGGGGCAGACACUGGCAGCUGCUGUCAGACCGCAUCCACAUGAAUGUCAAGCCCAAGGCCAACCUCACUUUCUCCCGUUGCCUGGAGCUAGGCCUGCAGGACCAUGUGGAUGAGAUAGCACGGGUGGCCGAGGUGGCAGGGAAGGAGUACGCCAUCGAACAGGCUCUGGAUAAGAUGGAGCAUGAGUGGUCGACGGUGGCCUUCGAGGUGUUGCCCUACAAGGAGACGGGCACGUACAUCCUGAAGAGCCCAGACGAGGCGUCACAGCUGCUGGAUGACCACAUAGUCAUGACCCAGAGCAUGUCUUUCUCCCCCUACAAGAAACCAUUUGAGGAACGCAUCAGCACGUGGGAGAGCAAGCUCAGGAUGACUCAGGAUGUGCUGGAAGAGUGGCUGACCUGCCAGCGCUCCUGGCUUUACCUGGAGCCUAUCUUCAGCUCUGACGACAUCAACCGCCAGUUGCCUGUAGAGGGAAAGAGGUACCAGACCAUGGAGCGCACCUGGAGGAAAGUGAUGAAGAGCGCCUACGACAACAAACAGGUGAUUGACCUGUGCCCGGACCCCCGUCUGUUGGACAGUCUGAGGGAUUGUAAUAAGCUGUUGGAGCUGGUGCAGAAGGGUCUGAGCGACUACCUAGAGACCAAGCGUGGCUCCUUCCCCAGGUUCUAUUUCCUGUCUGACGACGAGCUCCUGGAGAUUCUCUCCCAGACCAAGGAUCCCACAGCAGUACAGCCUCAUCUGCGCAAAUGCUUCGAGAACAUUGCACGGCUUAAGUUCCAGUCAGACCUGCAGAUCACUCAUAUGUACUCUGGGGAGGGGGAGGAGGUCAAGCUCUGCCUGCCAGUGUGGCCCUCUGGGAAUGUGGAGGACUGGCUGAGGGAGGUGGAGAAGUCUAUGAAGGCCUGUCUGAGGGACAACAUUGAACGCUCGCUGAAGGUCUACCCACAGCAACCGCGUACAGAGUGGGUGUUAUCAUGGCCUGGGCAGGUGGUGAUCGCUGGCUGCCAGACCUUCUGGACCACUGAGGUGUCAAAUGCACUGGAGCAGGGAGACCUGACUGACCGACUCUAUCCCCAGCUACAAACACAGCUGGGAGACCUGGUGCAGCUGGUGAGGGGCCGCCUGUCUAAGAUGCAGAGAGCCGUUCUGUCUGCCCUCAUCGUCAUAGAGGUCCAUGCCAAGGACGUGGCAGCCAAGCUGGUAGAGGAGGGCGUCUCCAGCAUCAAUGACUUUGAGUGGAUCAGCCAGCUCAGGUAUUACUGGGCUCGAAAUGACCUGUAUAUCCGAGCGGUGAACGCAGAGUUCCUCUAUGGGUAUGAGUACCUGGGCAACUCAGGACGCCUGGUCAUCACCCCACUCACAGACCGGUGCUACCUGACCCUGACAGGGGCACUGCACCUGAAGUUUGGAGGGGCCCCUGCGGGUCCAGCAGGAACAGGAAAGACAGAGACCACUAAAGACUUGGGGAAAGCCCUGGCUAUCCAGACUGUAGUCUUCAACUGCUCGGAUCAGCUGGACUUCAUCGCCAUGGGCAAGUUCCUCAAGGGACUGGCCAGUUCUGGAGCCUGGGCAUGUUUUGAUGAGUUUAACCGCAUUGAUGUGGAGGUGCUGUCAGUGGUGGCCCAACAAAUCGCCACCAUCAAUAAGGCCCAGCAUCAGAGGGCGGAGCGAUUUGUGUUUGAGGGGCAAGAGAUCCCUCUUGUUGCCUCUUGUGCUGUUUUCAUCACCAUGAACCCUGGUUACGCCGGCCGCACUGAACUACCAGAUAACCUAAAGGCUCUGUUCCGUCCUGUUGCUAUGAUGGUCCCUGAUUAUGCGAUGAUCGCUGAGAUCUCUCUCUACUCCUUUGGCUUCAGCGAUGCUAAAGUCCUCUCCAAGAAGAUCACCACCACCUUCAAACUGUCCUCCGAGCAGCUCAGCUCCCAGGAUCACUAUGACUUUGGUAUGAGAGCUGUGAAGACCGUGAUCUCUGCUGCUGGAAACUUGAAGAGGGAGAAUCAAGAUAUGAAUGAGGAACUGAUCUGUCUACGGGCCAUACGAGACGUCAACGUCCCCAAGUUCCUCCAAGAUGACCUCAAGCUUUUCAACGGCAUUGUGUCCGAUCUCUUCCCCAAGAUACGGGAGGAGCCCAUCGACUAUGGCACCCUGGAGAAAUCCAUUCGCAACGUCUGUGCCAAGAAGAACCUCAAGGAUGUGGAUGGAUACAUCACCAAGUGUAUUCAGCUGUAUGAGACUACUGUUGUGAGGCACGGACUGAUGUUGGUGGGACCGUCCGGCUCCGGAAAAACCAAGUGUUAUGAGAUCCUAGGGACAGCGAUGACGGCUCUGCAGGGCCAGGUCUCUGUGAGUGGUGGUGUUUAUGAGGCUGUACAGACCUAUGUCCUCAACCCCAAGUCCAUUACCAUGGGACAGCUCUACGGGGAGUUUGACCUGUUGACACAUGAAUGGUCGGAUGGUAUCCUGUCCUCUCUGAUCCGUGGGGGGUCGUCCUCCAUGGACGAGGAGAAGAAGUGGUACAUGUUUGACGGGCCAGUGGAUGCUGUGUGGAUCGAGAACAUGAACACUGUGCUGGAUGACAAUAAAAAACUCUGCCUGAGCUCUGGAGAGAUCAUCAAACUCACAGACGUGCAGACGAUGAUGUUUGAGGUGCAGGACCUGGCGGUGGCGUCCCCGGCCACAGUGUCUCGUUGUGGGAUGGUGUACCUGGAGCCUAGCAUCCUGGGCCUCACGCCCUUCACUGAGUGCUGGCUGAGGACGGUCCCCGAACCCCUGAGGCCCUACACAGACCAGCUCAAUUCUCUCUUCAUCAUGUUUCUCCAGGAUUCCAUCACGUUUGUAAGGAAGUCUGUGAAAGAGGUAAUCUUCUCCAUGGACAGCAACCUCACAUGCAGUCUGCUCAAACUGCUGGACUGUUUCUUCCAACCCUUCAUCCAUCGAGAGGGGGAGAGGCCUCUUCUGCAGGAGAAGCUUGACCGGUUGAAGGAGCUGAUUGAGCCCUGGUUCAUCUUCUCUCUGGUGUGGAGUGUGGGAGCCACAGGGGACGCCCCCAGCUGCCAGCACUUCAGUGCUUGGCUCAGGGCCAAGAUGGCAGAGGAGAAGGUUGAGUUGUGUUUUCCAGAGGAAGGCCUGGUGUAUGACUACCAGCUUGAAGAUGCAGGAAUCAGCAACAUGGGAGACGAAGAGGAGGAGGACAGAGGGAGGAAGGUGCACUGGGUCAGUUGGAUGAAAUCUGCCCAGAAUGUGGUCAUCACGCCAGAGACCAGCUACUCUGACAUCAUCGUACCCACACCAGACACAGUCCGCAUUUCCUUCCUGAUGGAUAUGCUGCUGUCUAACAAGAAGCCUGUGCUGUGCAUUGGACCGACCGGCACAGGAAAGACCCUGACCAUGUCUGACAAGUUGCUGAAGAACAUGCCUGCUGAGUACAUUACACACUUCCUUAUGUUCUCUGCUCGCACCUCAGCCAACCAGACACAGGAUUAUAUUGACAGUAAACUGGACAAGAGGCGUAAGGGUGUGUUUGGGCCUCCCCUGGGGAAGUAUUUUAUCUUCUUCAUUGAUGACCUGAACAUGCCCAUUCUGGAGACCUACGGGGCCCAGCCCCCCAUUGAGCUUCUCCGCCAGUGGAUGGACCAUGGAGGCUGGUAUGACAGGAAGCAGAUAGGCACUUUUAAACACCUGGUAGACAUCAACUUUGCUUGCGCUAUGGGACCCCCAGGAGGGGGCAGGAACCCCAUCACCCAGCGUUUCACACGCCACUUUAACUUCCUCUCCUUCACUGAGAUGGAGGACGCCAGCAAGAAGAAGAUCUUCUCUACUAUCCUGGGCAACUGGAUGGGACCUGUUCCAGAGAUUCAGCCUCUGAACGGGCCUCUGGUGGAUGCCACUAUCCGCGUCUACGCCACCAUCACGUCCCAGCUCCUUCCCACACCAGCCAAAUCCCACUACACAUUCAACCUUAGGGACCUCUCCAAGGUCUUCCAGGGCAUCCUGAUGGCAGAGGCUACCAAGAUAGAGGACAAGAUGCUCUUGCUGCAGUUGUGGUACCAUGAAAGCUGCCGGGUGUUCCAGGACCGGCUGGUGAGUGCUGAGGACCGGGACUGGUUUGAUAAACUCCUACAGGCCCGCAUUGAGGAGUUUGGCUGCAGCUUUGAGGAUGCUGUGCCCUGCCAGCCGGUCCUGUUUGGAGACUUCAUGAUCCCCGGAGCUGACAACAAAGCCUACCAGCUCAUUGAGGACAGGGAGAAGCUGGCCAGAGUCAUGGAGGAGUACAUGGACGACUACAACCAGAUCAGCACCACCAAGAUGAAGCUGGUGCUCUUCAUGGAUGCCAUCCAGCAUGUGUGCCGCAUCAGCCGCAUCCUGCGCCAGCCCCUGGGAAACGCCCUGCUCCUGGGGGUCGGGGGCAGCGGGCGCCAGUCACUCACCAAGCUGGCCACGCACAUGUCAGACUAUGAGUGUUUCCAGAUUGAGCUCGCUAAGAACUACGGCCACACAGAGUGGAGGGAAGACCUCAAGAGCAUUAUGCUGAAGGCUGGCCUGCAGAAUGUACAGAUCACCUUUCUGUUUGUAGACACACAGAUCAAGAGCGAGUCGUUCUUGGAGGAUGUGAAUAACAUCCUGAACUCUGGUGACGUGCCCAACCUCUAUGCGGUGGACGAGCAGGAGCGCAUCCUGACUGCCAUGAAGCCUGUGGUGCAGGACCUAGGCCAGCAGCCCACCAAAGCCAACCUCAUGACUGCCUACAUAAAAAGAGUCCGCAGUAACAUCCACACCGUGCUCUGCAUGAGUCCUAUAGGGGAGGUGUUCCGUGCGCGGCUCAGACAGUUCCCGUCUCUGGUGACCUGCUGCACUAUAGACUGGUUCAGUGCCUGGCCAGAGGAGGCCCUCCAGUCUGUGGCUGCCUCCUUCCUCUACGAGCUGCCAGAGCUGGAAGCCAGCCCCACCGCAAUGAAAGGCCUGAUUAUGAUGUGUGUGGAGAUCCACCAGAUGGUAGCCAGGAAAUGUGCACAGUACCUGGCUGAGCUGUCCAGAUAUAACUAUGUCACGCCCAAGAGCUAUCUGGAGCUACUCGCAAUCUUCUCCUCUCUCAUCGGCCGCAAGAAACAGGAGCUGCACAGUGCCCGGCAGCGCAUGAAGACUGGCCUGGACAAGCUAUUGAGGACAGCAGAGGAUGUGAGUAAGAUGCAGGAGGAGCUGGAGAUGAUGAGGCCUCUGCUGGAGGAAGCUGCCAAGGACACAGUAUUCACCAUGGAGAAGAUCAAGGUAGACACUGUGGUUGCAGAGGAGACCCGUACGGCGGUGCAGGCAGAGGAAGCCAAAGCCUCACAGAAAGCAUGUGUGGCCGGGGCCAUCGCUGAAGACGCCCAGAAAGACCUGGAUGAAGCGCUGCCAGCUCUAGAUGCCGCCCUCACCAGCCUCAAGUCUCUCAACAAGAACGACGUUGUUGAGGUGAGGGCCAUGCAGCGCCCGCCCCAUGGGGUGAAACUGGUGAUAGAAGCUGUUUGCAUCAUGAGGUCCAUCAAGCCUAAGAAGGUGGCCGGAGAGAAGCCAGGCACCAAGGUGGACGACUACUGGGAGCCUGGCAAGAGCCUUCUGCAGGACCCCGGGAAGUUCCUAGAGGGCCUCUUCAAAUUUGACAAAGAAAAUAUCCCAGACUCUGUGAUCAAAUUAGUGCAACCCUACAUUGAUAAUGAAGAGUUCCAGCCAGCCAACAUUGCCAAGGUGUCCAAGGCCUGCACCUCCAUCUGCCAAUGGGUGCGAGCCAUGCACGUGUACCACUUUGUGGCCAAGGGUGUGGAGCCUAAAAGGAAAGCUCUGCAGGAGGCCCAGGAGGACCUGGCUGUGACCCAGCUCAUCCUGGACGAUGCCAAUGAGAAGCUGGCACAGGUGGAAGAGGGCAUCGCAACGCUGCAGGCCAAGUACCACGACUGUCUGGCCAAGAGGGACGAGCUGGACAACAAGUGCCAGCUGUGUGAGAACCGCCUGGUCCGCGCAGACAAGCUGAUUGGAGGGCUAGCGGAUGAGAAGGUGCGUUGGAAGGAGACCGUGCAGCACCUGGAGUACAUGGUUAAUAACGUGUCAGGAGACGUGCUGCUAGCAGCAGGAUAUGUGGCCUACCUGGGACCCUUUACUGGAGAGUACCGGGCCUCCAUGGCAGAUGAGUGGCUGCGUGGCUUUAAAGAGCAGGAGGUGCCCCACACAGACGAGCCCAACCUCAUCAGCACUCUAGGGGACAAGGUCAAGAUCCGCUCCUGGCAGAUCACAGGGCUGCCUAAGGAUAACCUGUCGGUGGAAAAUGGUGUGAUAACACAGUACUCUCAGCGCUGGGCUCUUUUCAUCGACCCACAGGGACAGGCCAACAAGUGGGUCAAAAACAUGGAGCGUGACAAUGGAUUGGACGUGAUGAAGCUGAGUGACCGGGACUUCCUGCGUAGUCUGGAAAAUGCCAUUCGCUUCGGGAAGCCUUGCUUACUGGAGAACGUCGGAGAGGAACUAGACCCUGCUCUAGAACCCGUCCUACUGCGACAGACGUUCAAGCAGCAGGGCAGCACAGUUCUGAAGCUUGGAGACGCUGUCAUUCCCUACCACGAUGACUUCAAAAUGUACAUCACCACCAAGCUACCCAACCCACACUACUCCCCUGAGAUCUCCACUAAGGUUACCCUCAUCAACUUCACCCUGUCCCCCAGUGGUCUGGAGGACCAGCUGCUGGGUCGGGUGGUGGCUGAGGAGAGGCCUGACCUGGAGGAGGCUAAGAACCAGCUGAUAGUGAGUAACGCUCGUAUGAAGCAGGAGCUGAAGGAGAUAGAAGACCAGAUCCUGUUCCGCCUCAGCUCCUCAGAGGGAAACCCUGUGGACGAUGAGGAACUCAUACGGGUGCUGGGAGCCUCCAAGAUCAAGGCCGGAGAGAUCCAGGCCAAAGUGAUGGUGGCUGAGGAGACAGAGCGGGACAUUGAUGCCACUCGUCUGGAGUAUGUCCCUGUGGCUGUGCGUACUCAGAUCCUCUUCUUCUGCGUAUCGGACCUUUCCAACGUGGACCCCAUGUACCAGUACUCCCUGGAGUGGUUUUUGGGCAUCUUCAUGUCGGGGAUUGCCAACUCCGAGAGGGCAGACACGGUGGAGCAGAGGAUCAUCAACAUCAAUGAGUUCUUCACCUUCAGCCUCCACAGCAACGUGUGCCGCUCUCUGUUUGAGAAGCACAAGCUCAUGUUUGCCUUCCUGCUGUGCGCUCGCAUCAUGAUGAAUGAGAACAAGAUCGAUAUGUCUGAGUGGCGGUACCUGCUGGCGGGGGGCAUGCCCCAGCAGCAGCUGUCCAACCCUGCAGUGAGGUGGUUGUCUGAGCGUGCCUGGCAGGACAUCUUGGGCCUCAGCGCUUUGCCCACCUUCAACAGUCUGGCAGACAGCUUCCCCAAACACAUGAAGGCCUUCAAGAGGAUAUUUGACAGCAGCGAGCCAAACAGGGAGCCGGUCCCAGGGGAAUGGAAUACCCAACUGGACUCUUUCCAGAAGCUGUUGAUAUUGCGCUGCCUGAGAGCUGACCGCAUGACUCACGGCCUGCAGGACUUUGUUGCUGCUCAGCUGGGCCAGCGCUUUAUAGAGCCACAGGCAUCAGAUCUGUCUGUUGUAUUUAAGGAGUCGUCCCCCUCCACGCCGCUCAUCUUCGUCCUAUCUCCCGGAACCGACCCUGCCGCUGACCUCUACAAGUUUGCUGACGUCAUGAAGUUCUCCAAGAAGAUGAGUGCCAUCUCCCUGGGCCAGGGGCAGGGUCCCUGGGCUGAGGCCAUGAUGCACAGUGCCAUGGAGAGGGGCAAGUGGGUCUUCUUCCAGAAUUGUCACCUGGCACCCAGCUGGAUGCCCUCCAUGGAGAGACUCAUUGAGAACAUUGACACAGAUAAGGUACACCGGGAUUUCCGUCUGUGGCUCACCAGCCUGCCCAGCAACAAGUUCCCCGUGUCUAUUCUGCAGAAUGGCUCUAAGAUGACCAUCGAGCCUCCCAGAGGCAUCAAGGCCAACCUGUUGAAGACCUACCUAAGCCUGAAUGAUGACUUCAUCACUACCUGCACCAGGGCUGCAGAGCUUAAGUCCCUUCUCCUAUCUCUGUGUCUGUUCCACGGUAAUGCCAUUGAGCGCAGAAAGUUCGGUCCACUGGGGUUCAACAUCCCAUAUGAGUUCACUGAUGGUGACCUGCGCAUCUGUAUCAGCCAGCUCAAGAUGUUCCUGGACGAGUACCAGGACAUCCCCUACAAGGUUCUGAAGUACACUGCGGGGGAGAUCAACUAUGGUGGUCGUGUGACCGAUGACUGGGACCGCCGCUGCAUCCUCAACGUGUUGGAGGACUUCUACUGUCCUGCUGUGCUCGGUGCCGACUACGCCUACUCCGCCUCCGGAGUCUACAGGCAGAUCGACACUGAGCUCGACAUCAAGGGCUACCUGGCGUACAUCCGUGGCCUGCCCAUCAACGACACACCUGAGAUCUUUGGUCUCCAUGACAAUGCUAACAUCAGCUUUGCCCAGAACGAGGCAUUUGCCCUGCUGGCAGCCGUGGUGCAGCUCCAGCCUAAAGCAGCAGCCAGCGGGGGCAAGGCCAGAGAAGAGAUCGUAGAGGAGAUAGUGGCAGGCAUUGUUGAGAAGGUUCCCCAGCCUAUCAGUGUACAGGAGGUGAUGACUAAGUACCCAGUCCAGUAUGAGGAGUCCAUGAACACAGUCCUGAUCCAGGAGGUCAUCAGGUAUAACCGGUUGUUAGUGGUCAUAUCCCAGAGCCUCAGUGAUAUUGUGAAGGCUCUGAAGGGCUUAGUGGUGAUGUCAUCAGAACUGGAGCUUAUGGCCAACAGCCUAUUCAUCAACAAAGUCCCUGACAUGUGGCAGGCCAAGGCCUACCCCUCUUUGAAACCCCUGGCCUCCUGGGUGUCUGACCUGCUCCAGAGGAUCAAGUUCUUACAUGGCUGGAUCUCUGACGGUGUCCCACCUGUCUUCUGGAUCAGUGGCUUCUUCUUCCCCCAGGCCUUCCUCACAGGAACACUGCAGAACUUUGCCCGCCGCUCCGUGGUCUCCAUAGAUACCAUUGGCUUUGACUUCAGGGUGAUGAGGGAGUCUGCCUCUGCGCUGAAGGAGAGGCCUGAGAUGGGUUGCUACAUCCACGGCUUGUUCCUGGAGGGGGCGCGCUGGGACGCCAAGGUAGGCCGGCUCACUGAAUCCCGGCCCAAAGAGCUCUACACUGAGAUGGCUGUCAUCUGGAUGGUUCCUGAGCCCAACCGCAAACCACCCACUUCAGGAGUUUACAUCUGUCCCAUCUACAAGACCCUCACACGCGCCGGAACUCUGUCUACGACGGGUCACUCUACUAACUACGUGAUCGCUGUGGAGCUGCCCACACACACCACCCAGAGAUACUGGAUCAAACAGGGAGUGGCCCUCAUCUGUGCACUGGACUACUAAACACAAUCAACACACACACAGUUUCCCUUUCGCUUACUACAUACACAACAAAAACAUCAAAAUUAAACAAACUGGACUUUCCUGGCAGGAUGCACAUUUUAACUGAGGGGGAAUGUUUGUAUGUUUCUACAGUGCCUUCAGAAAGUAUUCAUACCCCUUGACUUAUUCCACAUUUUGUUGUGUUACUGCCUGAAUUCAAAAUUGAUUAAAUUUACAUUUUGUCUCACCCAUCUACACACAAUACCCCAUAACGACAAAGUGAAAACAUGUUUUUAGACAUUUUUGAAAAUGUAAUGAAAAUGAAAUACAGAUAUCUCAGUUACAUAAGUAUUCACACCCCUGAGUCAAUACUUUGUAGAAGCAUUUUGGCAGCGAUUACAGCUAUGAGUCUUUCUGGGUAAGUCUCUUAAGAGCCUUUCACACCGGGAUAGUGCAACAUUUGCCCAUGAUUUUUUUCAACGUUCUUUAAGCUCUGUCAAAUUGUUGUUGAUCAUUGCUAAACAACCAUUUUCAGGUCUUUUCAUAGAUUUUGAAGUAGAUUUAAAUCAAAACUGUAAGUCAGCCACUCAGGAACAUUCACUGUCUUCUUAGUAAGCAACUCCAGUGUAGAUUUGUCCUUGUGUUUUCGGUUAUUGAUCUGCUGAAUGGUGAAUUCAUCUCCCAUUGUCUGGUGGAAAGCAGACUGAGGCUGGUUUUCCUCUAGGAUUUUGCCUGUGCUUAGUCAUUCCAUUUCUUUUUUAUCCUGUAAAACUCCCCAGUCCUUAAUGAUUACAAGCAUACCCUUAACAUGAUGCAGCUACUAUUAUGCUUGAAAAUAUGGAGAGUGUUACUCAAUAAUGUGUUGUAUUGGAUUUGCCUCAAAGUUAAUUGCUUUGACACAUUUUUUUGCAUUAUUACUUUAAUGCCUUGUUGCAAACAGGAUGCAUGUUUUGGAAUAUUUUUAUUCUGUACAGGCUUUCUUCUUUGCACUCUUUCAAUUAGGUUAGUAUUGUGGAGGACCUACAAUGUUGUUGAUCCAUCCUCAGUUUUCUCCUUUCACAGCCAUUAAACUCUGUAACUGUUUUAAAGUCA